GACAUAUUGUUGCUCCACUGUUGUUGUCCUCCUGUCAUGGCCAACGUCGCGACGUCCCUACUGGGGCUCACGGACCACGAGUUCGGACAUGUCUUUGCUCAAGAUGGCGCAGUCUCGGAGUGGCUCUUUGAUGAAAUGAAAGCUGUCCUCCAGGACGCAGACACAGACGAGUUCUACACGUCACACCAUGGCGACAACCUCUUGCUGGUGGCAGUCCGCGUAGUCGCGUCCGAAGACCAUGGCCUCGACCUCGCACAGUUGGUGGAUCGAGGACUACUGUCGUUGCCGCGGAUCAUCGCCAUGUGCUCAUUGUACGCCCAGAGCAACAGCCACGUGAUGCAGUGGUGGUUACAACGAGUGUUUGCUUGCGCGCCACACCUUGCCAAUCAAGUCCCCAUGCUUCACGAUAUCUUUUACCACGCGCUACUGACCAUUCACCAUCAAGUGGCGUCCCUGAAGUCACCGUGCAUCAUCGACGCCACCCGACUCCAGACGCAACUGUGCGAUAUAGCCAAAACGGUACCCCAUGAUGGUCACGCUCAUGCUUAGCCAAACUCGUCGUGACCAGAUCCAAGCGCUGUUGACGAGCCACGACAUGUUCCUUUCGAUCCUCACCCCCCCAAAAGCCACAGACCUCGGCCACUGCUUUGACGGCCAAACGCUUCUGCAUGCGAUCUUGGUCUGCUAUGAAACUGACCUGCCCCUGCUCAACAAGCUCAGCCGCAACGACAAGCUCGUCCCCGUGGCCCGCCGCCACGUUUUAUUGAGCAUUGGCCUUUGGCUGGACAAGACAUUCCUAUCCGUCCUAAAAAGUGAGCCUGCACAGGCAGAACAGCGCACCGAGUGGUUCUUUGGCGUGUUGAACUCGCUGUUGCACAACGCAGACGCGUCCGAGCCAGCGUCGCUGCUCAGUGACCUGUGCCGGCUGCUCCAAUUCAAGACCACUUGUCGACGUGCAUUUGACGAGGCAGCGGCAGUGGACGACGCACAGCGGGACUACCUCGCGCUCCUCCUGAGUGAACUCCCCGAACGCGCUCGCUCUGCAAAAGGGGACGAACCCAAGCCGAAUGGAAUCGUCGAUUCGCAAGACGACAAGGCGGCCAUUGUACAUUCGAUUGGCCAGCAAGUGAAAGAUAUUUUCCCCGACUUGGGCGCCGGGUUUCUCCAACUGGUCAUCGCUGCGUGCGACUAUUCGUCAGAUAAAGUGAUCAUGGCGCUACUGGAAGAUGCGCUGCCACCGGCGGUGGCGUCGCUGGACCGUACACUGACCAAGAACGAUCCCCGGUUCGCAGCAUUGGUGGCAACCUCGUCGUUGGCCGCUUCCCCCCCCACCGUCGACGAAGCCACACCGACCCCUGCGAAAGCGGACCCGACGCAGAUUUGGGUGGGAAAGAAGAAGCAAGCCGACAAGUACAAGCCCGAGAGCGUGCGUGCCAACCCAGAAUACAUGGCCAAGCAGCUACAGCUCGCUCAAACGUACGACCAAGAGCCAGCGUGGACAGAAGAAACACAUGUAGACGAGUACAACGACGACUACAACGAUGAGUUGGACGAGUACGAGCCCUUUGGCGUGCAUGACGACGAGCCGACCGAGUACGAAGAGAUCAUCGCUCGGAACAAGGUGGUCCGGGCACGCGAAGCGGAAGACGCGUUUUGGGAGAGCAUGCGGAACCCGAACCACAAGCCUACCGCUUCAGACGACAACGACGAAGAUGACGACGAGGAUGGAGAUGAGGGGGAGACCAAGCCAGCAGCACGACCUCUGCGUCAGGGCCUCGUCCCUGCGAAGAAGACAACGGAGGCUACCAGUGCCAACAGUCGAGGGGGUCGCCAGGAACAACCUCAAAAGAAAUCAACACCGAGUGUGCUCGACAAGCGAUCGGCGGCGGCCUCCCAACCUCCUAGUGCAAAUGCUACUACGUCUGCGAAGAAAGGUCCAGCAACUGGCGACGAUCCCAAUAAGCAGCUGAUCAACCGCGCGAGGAAGGAGCAAAACAAAAGCAGUGUGGCCAACCAUAGGCGCAAAGACAAAGCGCUCAAGAAACAAGGGGGAGGUGGGGGGCUGUUUUAAAAAUGCUCGACAAAAUAGUAGACGACGACCUGUAUCACGUGGGGUGGUUGGUCUGUGCAAUGUCGACGCCGCCGCUUACUUAGUAGGUCGUACUAGGCAAAACACAAUGAGAUUGUGCAAGUAAUCGAGCACUAGCGAAAGACUA